AUGGUCGUCUCACUCUGCCGGGCUCUGGUCACCUUCGCUCCCGUUUUGUGGCUCGUGAGGGAGGCCGACGGGAUGCCUGACCCCGCCCGCAGGGACCUGUUGAUGCGCGAGGAGGUGUCCAAGCAGAUGGGAGGCCUGUUAACGCUGACCACGGCCGAGCAGAAGCUGGACGCCUACCUCCAUCGGUUAAAGGAGCAGGAGAUGUCAGCUGCGCGGUUUCCUCCUGCCGUUCACUUCUUCAAGGCGAAGCCUCUCAUCGAGCAGAGCUCCAUCUUCAAACUGCUGCAGAAGAUGCCUAAAGGCGCAGCCCUCCACAUCCACAGCUCGUCUCUGGUCGGCGUCGAGUGGUUGGUGAAGAACGUCACCUACAGACCUCACUGCUACGUCUGCUUCACGUGGGACAACUCGGUCCGCUUCCUGUUCGCAGAUCGACAGCCCUUCCCACGAUGGGACUGCUUCUACUGGCAGCUGCUGGAGACGUUAAGAGCCGUAAACGGAGACAGCACAGGAUUCGAUAACAAUUUAAUCCAGCACCUAACGCUGUUUACUGAGGAUCCAGAGGGUGACUAUCCAAACCAGGAUGUUGUGUGGGAGAAGUUUGAGAAGGCCUUCAUCGCCGCCGCCGGGCUGGUCACCCAUGCUCCUGUGCUGAGGGACUACUACUAUCAGGGCUUAAAGGAGCUCCACAAGGACAACAUCAUGUAUCUGGAGCUGAGGAGUGGUCUGUCCAGGACGUACGAGCUUGAUGGGACCAUUCAUGAUAAGAGCUGGACUCUGAACUUGUUUCAGGAAGUUACAAAGAAGUUCAUAAAGGAUCAUCCAGACUUCCUUGGGGCCCGGAUCAUAAUUUCCGUCCACAGGGCUCUGAGUGUAUCUGAGGUCCGAGCAGCCGUCGAGGAGGCCAUUCAGCUGAAAAAGGACUUCCCAGGCCUAGUUGCUGGAUUCGAUUUAGUUGGCAGGGAGAGCCGUGGCAGGAGUCUGUGGUACUUCAGAGAGGCGCUCUCUCUGCCGGCUGAGCUGGGUGCAUCACUGCCGUACUUCUUUCAUGCUGGGGAGACAGAUGGUGACGGUGCUGAAGUGGAUCAGAACAUUCUUGAUGCUCUUCUGUUCAACACCUCACGCAUCGGGCAUGGCUAUGCUCUGGCUCACCAUCCACUUGCCAAAGAGCUUUCCAGGAAACGAAACGUAGCUGUAGAGCUCUGUCCCAUCUCAAACCAGGUGCUGAAGCUGCUCUCGGAUCUGAGGAACCACCCUGCAGCUGUGCUGAUGUCUGAGGGCCACCCGAUGGUGAUCAGCUCCGAUGACCCGUCUUUGUUCGGCACGUCGGGCCUCUCCUACGACUUCUAUGAAGCUUUUGUUGGAAUCGGAGGACUGAAGGCAAACCUGGGCACUCUGAAAGAGCUGGCUGUCAACUCCAUCAGGUACAGCUCGCUGCCGACUCAUCUACAGAACACUGGUCUCGUCAUGUGGCAGAACAAAUGGGACGCCUUCAUCUCUGAUAAUUCAUGA